AUGGCUCCUACUUUGGCUUACUGGAACAUUAGAGGACUUGCUGAACAAAGUCGCCUUCUCUUAAAAUAUCUCGGAGUUGAAUACAAUGACAAGCAAUACAAGGUUGGUCCACCUCCAAAUCUUGAUCGCGUUGAAUGGCUGUCGGAAAAAUUCUCUCUGGGUCUUGACUUUCCAAACUUGCCGUACUACAUCGAUGGGGACUACAAAUUAACUCAAUCUGGAGCCAUUUUGGAGUACAUUGCAGAUAGGCAUGGAAUGGUUCCCGAUUGCAAGAAGCGACGUGCUGUGCUGCACAUGCUACAAUGCGAGAUUAUGGAUUUGCGCAUGGCAUUUGUAAAGCCAUGUUACAGUCCAGAUUUUGAGAAGCUGAAGCCAAGCAUCUUCGAGGCGAUGGACCAGAAAUUGCCGAAUUUUGAGAAAUUUUUGGGCGACAAGGAGUGGCUCACAGGUGACAAGAUCAAUUAUCCAGACUUUGCUCUGUGCGAGCUGCUGAACCAAAUGAAGAAGUUUGAGCCGACCUGUCUGAAGAAGUAUCCCAAACUGCAGGCUUACUUGGAGCGUUUCGAGCUUGCGGAACAAAGUCGCCUUCUGUUAAAAUAUCUCGGAGUUGAAUACAAUGACAAGCAAUACAAGGUUGGUCCAGCGCCCGGGUUUGACCGCAGUGAAUGGCUUUCCGACAAAUUCUCUCUGGGUCUUGACUUCCCAAAUUUGCCUUACUACAUCGAUGGGGACUACAAAUUAACUCAAUCUGGAGCCAUUUUGGAGUACAUUGCAGAUAGGCAUGGAAUGGUACCCGAUUGCAAGAAGCGACGUGCUGUGUUGCACAUGCUACAAUGCGAGAUUGUGGAUUUGCGCAUGGCAUUUGUAAAGCCAUGUUACAGUCCAGAUUUUAUCAAUUAUCCAGACUUUGCUCUGUGCGAGCUGCUGAACCAAAUGAAGAAGUUUGAGCCGACCUGUCUGAAGAAGUAUCCCAAACUGCAGGCUUACUUGGAGCGUUUCGAGGACUUGCCUGCAUUACGCGAAUACAUGGCAUCGAAGGAGUUCAAAACGCGUCCAUCGGUCGCUUUAGCUGUGUGUCUACGUGUCUGCGGUGUGAUGGCGCCUACUCUAGGAUAUUGGGAUAUCAGAGGGCUUGCAGAACAGAGUCGUCUUCUGUUGAAAUACCUGGGAGUUGAGUACAACGACAAGCGAUAUAAGGUUGGACCAGCUCCGACCUACGAUCGUAGUGAAUGGCUGUCGGAGAAAUUCUCUCUAGGUCUUGACUUUCCAAAUUUGCCUUACUACAUAGACGGGGACUUCAAAUUGACUCAAUCUGGCGCUAUUUUGGAGUACAUUGCCGAUAGGCACGGAAUGAUCCCGGAUUGCAAGAAGCGUCGCGCCGUGCUGCACAUGAUUCAGUGCGAGGUUAUGGACUUGCGCAUUCACUUUGCCCAUACCUGUUAUAGUCCUGAUUUCGCGAAGCUGAGCCCCAAAUUUCUAGAGACCCUAUCGGAAAAAUUACCAAACUUUGAAAAAUUUUUAGGCGACAAGGAAUGGUUGACCGGUGAUAAGAUUAACUAUCCAGAUUUCAACUUGUGCGAGUUGUUGAACCAGUUAACAAAGUUUGACUCGACGUGCCUGAAGAAUUUCCCAAAGCUGCGGGCGUACUUGACACGUUUUGAGAACUUGCCUGCGUUGAAGGACUACAUGGCGUCAAAGGAGUUCAACACAAUAUCUUGCCAUGGGCCUAGUGCACACUGGCGCGGUGACAUGAAGACUUUGACUGAUGACUUCGAAUGUCCUUCUUUUCAGAAUUUGCCAACAUUGAAGGGUUACAUCGCCUCGAAGGAGUUCAAGACUCUUCCAUGCAUGAGCGCAGGAGCGCAUUGGCUCUAUGACGGUUAG